GUUUUCGAAAAAUUCGAUUUUGAUUUUUGGGGCAUAUCUAUUUAUCCUUAUCAGUUAUUACAAUACCGCCGGACACGCAGUAAAGUUACCUGAGAACAGUUGUACCUCCAUAGGUGACCCAUACCGCAUGGCGACUGGCGCUAUUCCGGUAAACCGGUGAGCGGUGAUAACUCACAGAGAUACAAACUAAGGUUACAAACUUACAACUUACAAGUCACCACAACUCGCUAUACGCAACUACGCAUUACGCAAUACGCAAGUCUGAAGUCGGCACUCAAUACUCACCUGGCGUCCUGGGUUGUUGGCCAAUGCCUAAUAAUGGUUACGGACAGAUAACGGAGCGAGGGAUUCGAUUCUUCCACACUACAAUCUACAACUAAGUUUAUAUAUUAAUUAUAACUAUUACCUAUACCGCUUUUGAAGUUAUAAAUCUACGACGUGUAUCUUUGAUCUCAUAGUAUUAAGAAUCUGGAUUCUUGGUUGGAAAUGGCGUAUAUUUCUUGAUCUAUGGUUAUAACCGUAACAGUGUAUAAUAUGUCCAUGGACGUAAGGAAUUCUCGAUUCAUUUUCAUACUUGUUGUUACACGUGUUAUUUUGAAUUCUAAGAGUCAUUAGACUUCGACGAGGUAACGGGAAAUUGUAUAUUAUGCAAUUUGAAGUAAUCGUCGAAGCCGUUCCACAGUUUUUCAAUUUGCAUUUGUUUUGAUGAUCAUUGAUCGCGGUAAUAACAAAGACUGAACAGCUUACGUAUUGGAUCGUUUAAAUAAUUUAUAAAUCUCGUAUAAUCAUGGCAAUGGAUUUAAAUGAAGUCAAAAUCAAUGUAAGGAGCCUGUUAACCAGUUCGCAAAAACCACUCAGUAUUUUACAGCUUCAAAGAGAUUACCGUGAACAAGAAGGAUGUAAUUUACCUUAUAGAAGUUUAGGUUUUAGUUCAGUCAUUGAAUUGCUUCAAAAUAUGAGUGAUGUUGUAACUGUCCCUCCAAACCCAAUUGAAUCAUCUACGUUAUCUCUUGUUGUUGGCGAUAAGACUAACCAUUUAAGAAUGCUUGUUGUUAAGCAAAAAACAAAAACUAGAAAAAAGAAAGUCAAAUCAAACACAAAUAAUCGAAUAGUACAUCAAAAUCAUAAUGGAAAUAACUAUUUUUCUGGACGUAACUCUUAUAAUCAAAGGAUGCCUACUAAAACCAACAAUUAUUCAAACAACAAAUAUCAAAAUACUAGUAGUGACUAUCAUAGAUCCACUAAUUCUUUUAUAAGUUCUAAUCAAUUAAACCAGUCAUAUUCAUCAUCUAGUAAAAGUCAUUCUGAUAUGAAUAGAAAUGGUACUAGCCAUAAAGCCAAUUCCAGUUAUGGUUACAUGACAGAUAACUUACGUUCUGAUAUAGAAAGAUACAUACUUGAAAAUCAAAUGCUGAUAACUUUAAAUGAAUUAAAGCAAAUAGUACAAAAGCAUCCUGACUAUUCGGUUACAGACAUACAUAGUAUGCAUGAUUUAAAAGAUCGAGUAAAAGAUUUUUUAAAUAUAAAUGUUGAAAACGUUUCUUUAAAAAAUUCACUUCACUCUAAAUCUAAUAUACCACUGGUACACCACGACACAGAUGCACACAAUAAGCCUUUAGGACCAGAUUCACUACCAAAUAAACCAGCUUUAAGUCAAAUUACCGGCGAUAAUAAAAAUUUGAUCAAUUCAAGACAAUAUGAAUGUAAUGAUCAAAAUGUAUUAUCUGAAUUGUAUGCACGGUUAACAAUUGAUGAAUUUAAAGAAGAUACACCUCAUAGUAAAAAUAAACAUGAUAGUAAUAAUGGAAUAAAUAGUAAAACAAAUGAAUCAAUUGAACCUUCGACUGAAUAUAUAGACAUGUGUACAAAUCAAAGUUUAAUGAGAUCAUUUCAAAGUGGUUUUAAUAAUACAGAUAAAAACUCUGAUAUUGCUAAAGCUUAUUUAAUAAAAAAUAUUGAAUAUGUAAAAAAACAAUCAGAAUUUAGAAAAAAUAAAAAUGUUGAUACAAGACUUAUAAAUGAAAAGAAAUCGCAGUCGUGUUCUAUUUCUAUGAACGGUGAUAAUUCUUUAAACAAUUCAAAUUCAUUUCUGCAUUCUACUCCAAAGAAAAAUAAUAAUGAUUCAAGAACAUUAAAUGGAAACGAAGAUCGUAUUUCUGAAUUAUUGAGGUUAAAUAUUGAGAGAAUAUUCAAAGUGUACUGUAAAGGUGUGAAUAUUAAGAAUUUUAAGUUCAUUUAUACCCAAUUGUACAAUAUUAUUGAUUUUGAUUUUUCAUCAAUUAAACAAAUGUUAGAGAUAUUAGAUCAAGUAAUUGAAGUGCGAAAUAAUGUAUUGUACACAAAAAUUAAAUUGUACGAAAAAGAGGAUUUAGAAAAUGACAAUAAAUGCUUGUUAAAAAAUAUUUGUUUAAAUAAUGAAACAAUUACUACAAGCAUAGCACAGCCAAUAUUGUCUUUUAAUCAGGACAAAAAAAAAAUGCGGUUGCUUAGUAUAUAUAAUCCAAGUUUAUUUUAUUUACAAUUGGAACCAUUCGAACUUUUGGACCGUUUAAUGAUUCAAAUGCAAUGUACUUAUGAAACUAAUAGUAACAAUUAUUUGGUUAAACCAAACCAAAUAUUACCAGGUUUAUUUUAUGUCACAUCUUAUUCUUCAUUUUCGAAUCCAAAACAGUGGCAUCGAGUUAAAGUUUUAAAAGUAAAUCCAACCACUGUUGAAGUAUUUUAUGUGGACUAUGGAACUGUUGAUAAUAUACCUAAAACUGAAUUAAGAUUUUUGAAUUAUCUAUUUUGUAGUUUACCAUGUCAAGCAAUCCAUUGUUGUUUGACUGGUUAUAAUGAACUUGAUUCAAUUGCACCAGAAGUUACAAAAGCAUUUUUAGAAAUCAUUAAUAUUGAUAAGCAGGUUUUGGUUAUGGUUGAUGAUCAUUUUAUAUUCAGUAAACAGUACCAAAUCUUACAUGUCACCUUGUUCCAAUAUAAAUCAAAUGAUUCAAAAACAUUAGAAAAUAUCAACAACGAGUUAACUGUAUGGCACUUGAAUCGUUGAGAAAAUAGACUUCAAGACAACUUCAAUAAACAAGACAUUCUAUGAUGCUGCUGCGAGUUAUUCAAUUCUCCGCAGAUGGUUUUAUUAUUCAACUUAUAAGUAUAAGUUAUAACUGUUAUAAGUACCUUAUUUUUAUUUAAUUACUUUUAGCUUUUUAUAUCAUACUAACUAUUUUUGUAAGGUUUUUAUUAGCUUCUGUAAUAUUUUUAUAUUAUUUUUCAAGUUUUUCUUUCAGUUGACCAAUACGCAUUUGUUGCGGUCACAUUUUUAAAUGUAAUUCAUUACCACGAGUACACACGCCCGUACCCGAUACAUAUUAAAAAUAUAAACAUAAUACGAGACCCGUUUUGUACUUGUAAAAAACGUGAAAAAAAAUUGUUGUGCGUACCGCCCACCCAUGUACUCGAUAAUGUAAGCGUGCUAAUAAUAAUCCCACCACGCUCCCACCGUCACAAACGAGCCAUUGUAUAUAUUAUUAUUUCAUCUUCAAUGCCGUAUAUAACAUGACGUAGUUUAUGUGCAUGUACGAUUUAUUCGCGAUGUCUCUACGGCUAUUGUUUGUUUGAGAUUUAUGUCUACGAAAAUUAAUACAAUAACGUUCGCAAUGUUUUUAAAAAUAAAAACAAAAAUGAUUUGUAUAUAUAAAAUUUGUAUAUAACAAAAUCGUUUUUUCUUGGGCCAGUAUACAGUUUAUGCCUUAUAUAUAACUGUCUCGGAGUGCAUACGGGAUAUGAACGUCUGUAUAUUAUUCACAUUUGCCAUAGAACAUAAUAUUAAUAUAUCUGCUAUAUACGUGCUAUCAUAAAUUAUCGUAUUUAUAAUUGUUUGGCUUACGAUUGUCAUAAAUCCUAUGGCUACCUAUUCGUUUUUCGUGUACCGCGACGACGUCAUAAUAUCAUUAAAAUCAUUUUUAUAAUAUAAUUGUUGUAUCAUAGUAUAUACUAUAUAUAAUGAUAUCACUAUAAUAAAUACCUAAACUAUUAAACGGUUUAACGUUUAACCUUAUAAUAUUAUUAAUUGUUUGAUACAUAAUAUGACAUUGUACUAUGACGUUAUUUGAACUUAUAUUUCAUAAUCGCGUAUAUCAAUACUUAUGUUAUUAUGUAUUUUUUUUACUUAAAUAAAAUUUUUCUUAAAUCAUUGUUAAGUACAAAAAUAUAUAUUGUGUUUUUUUUUUUCAUCGUAUACUGAUAACCGGUUGUCCCAGUGCGGUUAGGAGUCACGAAACGGAAGUCUGAACAAAUUAACAAAAACGAUAUUUUCGUGGCCCAUGCUAGUUUUUUGUCAAUAUAUUUUUUUUAAAAGUUACCGAUUUGUCAGCGUUGAAUUGUAUUUCUGUUUCUAUGAUUUUUAUACAGGUGCUUCAGAUCCAUCGUUUGUGAUUAAUCCGAUCGUUCGAGACAGAUCUUCGAGGAAAACUCGUGGCACAACGAUCGCAGUGUGACGACAUUCUAUAAUCCCCUACAUCAAGUCCAGACCUCCUAACAUGCCCCCUCGAAAAUUUCCAACAGUGAAUAUUGUUUAUUGACUAUUAUUGUACAAAGAAUAAUUUUAUAUUUUCGUUAAAGCAC